GCAGACAGGAGCGGGGUGCUUGGUGCUGUGGCGGUGUGGUUGAGUAGGGUGCUGCCGGAGUCCCGUGGCCCUCGGAAAGCCCGCGUAGCCACUGCCGCCGCCUCCUGUCCUCAGCAUGUUCCUUACGCGGUCCGAGUACGACAGGGGCAUGAAUACUUUUUCUCCUGAAGGAAGAUUAUUUCAAGUGGAAUAUGCCAUUGAGGCUAUCAAGCUCGGUUCCACAGCCAUUGGCAUCCAGACAUCAGAAGGUGUAUGCCUAGCAGUGGAGAAGAGAAUUACCUCCCCACUCAUGGAGCCUAGUAGCAUUGAGAAAAUUGUAGAGAUUGAUGCUCAUAUAGGUUGUGCCAUGAGUGGGCUAAUUGCUGAUGCUAAGACUUUAAUUGAUAAAGCCAGAGUGGAGACACAGAACCAUUGGUUCACCUAUAAUGAGACUAUGACGGUGGAGAGUGUGACCCAGGCUGUGUCCAACCUGGCUCUACAGUUCGGAGAGGAAGAUGCAGAUCCAGGUGCCAUGUCUCGCCCAUUUGGAGUAGCUCUGUAAUUUGGAGGAGUGGAUGAGAAAGGCCCCCAGCUGUUUCAUAUGGACCCAUCUGGGACCUUUGUACAGUGUGAUGCCCGAGCAAUCGGCUCUGCUUCAGAGGGUGCCCAGAGCUCCUUGCAAGAAGUUUACCACAAGUCUAUGACACUGAAAGAAGCCAUCAAGUCUUCACUCAUCAUCCUCAAACAAGUAAUGGAAGAGAAGCUGAAUGCAACUAACAUAGAGCUAGCCACAGUGCAGCCUGGUCAGAAUUUCCACAUGUUCACAAAGGAAGAACUUGAAGAGGUUAUCAAAGACAUUUAAGGAGGAGUGACCCUCAGAACUUCUCUGGGAUAAUUCAGUUCUCCUACUUGCCCUUAAAUUUUAUUUCCAACUCUUGGAAUAUCUCCAGCAUAUGUGCAUUUUUUUAUGAUGUCUGUACAUAACAGCAGUUCCGAAAUAAAGAAGAUUUAAAGUAAAAA